UUCAGUUUGAUUUUCUACUGAAGCAACAACAACACAACAGCAACCAUGGUUGAGUGGACUGAUGAAGAGCGCACCAUCAUUAAUGACAUCUUCUCCACCUUGGACUACGAAGAGAUCGGUCGCAAGUCUCUGUGCAGGUGUCUGAUCGUGUACCCCUGGACCCAGAGGUACUUCGGCGCCUUCGGCAACCUGUACAAUGCCGAGACCAUCAUGGCCAACCCCCUGAUUGCAGCCCACGGCACCAAGAUCCUGCACGGUCUGGACCGGGCCCUGAAGAACAUGGACGACAUCAAGAACACCUACGCCGAGCUGUCUCUGCUCCACUCUGACAAGCUGCACGUGGAUCCCGACAACUUCAGGCUGCUGGCCGACUGCCUGACCGUCGUCAUCGCCGCCAAGAUGGGCACCAAAUUCACCGUGGACAUCCAGGUGGCGUGGCAGAAGUUCCUGUCUGUCGUCGUCUCCGCUCUGGGCAGACAGUACCACUAGGCUGACAUUCCAAGUCGCAGAGUGGGUGAUCUCCAGCCAUCCCAUUCAUCAUCACCGAUCUACCAUCAUCCAGGAGUGCGC